AUGGAGAUCCGUUCUGUGCUCUUCCCAUCCGCACCCGAUACAGUCGAUAUGGGAGUGGACGCUUUGUUUUGUUUUGAGAGAGAGAGAGGGAUGAGGUGGGAUGUAUGGCCACCAACAUCCUUUCGUUCUUUGAUUUUUUUUCUCAGGGGGGCAGUGUUGGGUGGAUGGAUAAUUAGAGGCGAUCGAUUUGUUGAUAAUGGAGGUUGA